GCUUCUUCAUAUCCUGUUGUUUGUACGCUAAACAAAAUCACAAUCUCCAAGAACACAACUUGCAGUCCUUCUCUGCUACUCCUCCAACUCCAAGUUCCAGGUCCAGAAAAUCAGAAUUUACAGAGAAGAAAGCAGUGGAGACUGGAGAGAGAUUUAAAAGUAUAAUCUUCUUAUGAGAAUAUGAUUACGAAACGAGAAAAGCAGGAACCUCUCUACCUACGUCUUCUUGAUGUAUACGAAGAAUAAGUAGUUUUUUUUGUGUGUUUUGAGAUAUAUAUAUAUAUAUAUAUUUCUGUAGUAGUUAAAAAUUUCGUUCUUUAUCUUUUUGUGUGUGAGAAAUAUUGAUUAUUGAUGGAGGGAAUGUACGGACUCCAACCGAGUCUGGAUUACACGGAGCAGACGUCGUUGUCGCCGGAUAAUAUGGUUUCAGCGGCGGAUUACCAGAGUUUGCUUAGUAGCGGAGCACUUGGAAGCGAUCGAAUUCCGAUCUUUGGAGCGGAUCAGUUGUUUUCGGCGGCAGCUUUUACGCCUCAUGAAAUUCAAACAAGAGGAAGUGGUGUUGUUGUUGGAGGAGGAGGAGAAGAAAUGUCAAGUGUGAUAAAGGCGAAAAUCGCAUCUCAUCCUCGGUAUCCAAGACUCCUUGAAGCUUACAUCGAUUGUCAGAAGGUAGGAGCGCCUCCGGAGAUAGCGUGCCUAUUAGACGAAAUCCGGCGAGAAAAUGACGUCUGCAAGAGAAACGCUGCUACUGCUUCCACUUGCGUAGGCGUUGAUCCCGAGCUCGACGAAUUCAUGGAAAUGUACUGUGAUAUGUUGGUGAAAUAUAAAUCUGAUCUCGCAAGGCCUUUUGAUGAAGCUACCUCCUUCUUGAACAAGAUUGAAAUACAGCUCAGCAAUCUUUGCAAGGGUGUUUCUAGAAGCUCAGUUUCGGAUGAAAUUGCUGGAUCAUCUGAUGACGAUUUUAGUGGCGGAGAGAUGGAGGUUCAGGAGGUCCAGCGAAGAGCUGAGGAUCGAGAGCUUAAGGAUAAACUCUUACGCAAGUAUAGUGGUUGUAUUAGUAGCUUGAAGCAGGAAUUUUCAAAGAAAAAGAAGAAAGGAAAACUGCCUAGAGAAGCAAGGCAAACACUGCUCGACUGGUGGAAUUUUCACUACAAAUGGCCGUACCCAACGGAGGCUGAUAAGAUUGCACUAGCUGAGUCGACAGGCCUCGACCAAAAGCAAAUAAACAAUUGGUUUAUAAACCAGCGGAAGCGGCACUGGAGACCAUCCGAAAACAUGCAGUUUGCUAUUGUGGACAGUCUUUCUGGACCCCUUUUUAUGGGUGACUGAGAUUGGCACCAAACACUUGUUGUGUGUGUAUAUUCUUGAAUAUGAUCUUUGUUAAUACUGAA